GCCUUUACCACUGUACCCGAUCCGAGAACGGGCUUCCGCAGUCCACAGCUGGAGACUGAAAUAGACGUGGACAGUAAUUUAUAUUUAGUGGAAGUAUAUUGUCAGAAGCGAUAUGGAUGUAGCGCUGUAUCUGGUAGCUGCUGCUGUCCUCAUUGUUCUCAUUGGGUUUGCGUUGAAGGUGCGAAAGAAAACACAGGAAGCUGAUGAGGAGCAGCGGAGGGAUGUUGUCCGGGCAGCGGGGCCCCCUCAGCGGGCAGCAGAGGAGCGAGGAGCUGGUAUGCCUCGCAGGAGGAGGAACUUCGCUGCAGUGAUGGCAAACAGACAGAGAGAAGCUGUGGAACCCGAGGAGGAGCACGAGGAGGAAGAAGAGGUGGAGCAGCAGAACUUCCAGCCGACAGCAAAAGUUGGAGCCAAGAAGCAGAAGAAGCUGGAGGAGAAACAGGCCAAGAAAGCCCAGAGAGAGGUGGAGAUGGAGGAGAGGGAGGAGCGGAAGAGGAUGCAGGAGCUCAGAGAGCAGGAGAGACGUCAGGAAGAGGAGCGAGAACGACUGCAGGAACAGAAAGAGGAGGAGGAUGAGCGCCGGGCUAAAGAGGAGCAGGAGAGACGAGAGGAGGAGGAGUACUUAAGACUCAAAGCCUCCUUCGUCAUAGAAGACCAGGGAGAGGAGGAGCAGCUCACUGAGGACCAGUCACGCAACCUGCUGCAAGAAUUCAUCCAGUACAUCGAGAGUUCUAAGGUGGUCCUCCUGGAGGACUUGGCUUCUCAAUUUGGGAUGAGGACACAGGAUGCUAUUAGCAGAUUGCAGGACCUGUUAGCUGAAGGUUCCCUCACAGGAGUGAUUGAUGACAGAGGGAAGUUUAUCUCCAUCACUCCAGAGGAGCUGGAUUCAGUGGCUCAGUUCAUCAGACAGAGAGGCAGAGUUUCCAUUACAGAGCUGGCUCAGGCCAGUAACUCUCUCAUCAACCUGACGCCUGAGAGCCGCAGCACUGCCUGACAGAUCCCUCACUGAUGCAGGACACCUGGACCACAGUCUUUAUGAGACUGCUGAAGAGUAACGUCUGAAGUUUUCUCUAAGCUGCUGGUGAAAAGCACAUCGAGGACUGCUAUUGGCUUCAAAAAGACAUUUAAAAGUUGAAAUGAAGACACAGUAACUGUGUAUGACAUGAAAUUAAGCCCAACAAUAUGAUACAGUGACUUUGCUUUGUUGUGGGGAAAAAAUAAAAAUCAAAAGUCCAGUUUGAGAUUCA